UUAAAAACCAGAGAUCCAUUUCUAUAUUUUUUCGAUCCGCGAGCGAGGGAAGCGAUCGAGAGAGAGAUCGAAGCCCCGGCGAGUGGCGAUGGCGACGGAGCGGGAGAAGGAGAGGGAGGCGGAGCUCGAGUCGGCGAUGUACACCAACUGCCUUCUCCUUGGCCUUGAUCCCGCCGUACUUGGCCUCCCUGCCGGCGCCGGCGGGGGGCCGAGCCCCAGAGCCGGGUUUUUCCGGCAUUCCAAUCCUAAGAUGGGUGAACAGCUCCUCUACUUCCUCCUCUCAGCGCUUCGUGGUCCUGAGCAGUCCGCUAAGGAUUUUGGGAAGGUGUGGCCGAUCUUUGAUUCCGGCCAGUCGCGGGACUUCAGGAAGAUCGUGCAAGGAAUUAUCAGUGAGUUGGAGUCGCAAGGGGCACUUCCGAGGAGCAAUUCUAGGGUUUCGUCGCUUGCCACUUGUUGUGGGCCGAGAUUUGUGGAGCUUUUGUGGCAACUUUCCGUGCAUGCUUUACGGGAGGUCCAUAAGCGGUCAUUUGCUGCAGAUGUAGCCACUAACCCUCUUCCUGCUCCGUUAACUGAUGUUUCCUACUUACAUGCGGCUGCCUUACUUCCUGUGACGAAGGCUAGGAUAGCUCUCGAGCGACGUAAGUUUUUAAAAAAUGCUAGUAUGGCUGUUCAUAGGCAAGCAACAUGGUCAAACCUGGCAAAUGAAAUGACCGCUGAGUUUCGUGGACUUUGUGCUGAAGAGGCCUAUUUGCAGCAAGAAUUGGAAAAGCUUCAGGACAUGAGAAACAAAGCUAAGUUGGAGGGUGAAUUGUGGGAUGACCGCAUCUCCAGCUCUGCAGCCCAGAGCUCCCAUUUAGUGUCGAAGGCAACUCGCCUUUGGGAAUCUUUGUUAGCUCGCAAGAGUCAACAUGAAGUUCUUGCUUCUGGUCCUAUUGAGGAUCUGAUAGCCCAUCGUGAACAUCGGUACCGUAUCUCAGGGUCAUCUUUGCUUGCAGCAAUGGAUCUAAGUUCACAUGUUCCAUAUUCAGAUGUUCUAUCUGCUCCUGCUGGUGAGAUGUCUCCACCAACUGAAAAUCAGAAAGAAAUGGAUUCCCCACAGUUGCAAGGGAGUGGUGAAACGUUAUCUAGGGCAAAUGAUAGAAGUGGAAGACCGCAUCCUACUGUUGAUGUAGCUGAAAUUCUUAGACGCUGGACCCAUGCUCUCCAACGGAUUCAUAAACAGUCCCUCCAAUUGGCAAAGGCUAAUGAUGGAGAAGGCCCAGAGUUGCUUCGUUGUGCAUCUGAUACUGGCUCUAGUGAUCAUGCAGAAUCAUUAGCGUCAGCUCUUUCAGAACAUCGGCAACAUUUAGCUAGUAUACAGGGACUUAUCAAUCAACUCAAGGAAGCUGUUCCAGCUAUGCAGAAGUCAAUAUCACAGCUCACAGAGGAAGUUAACAGUAUUUCUUCUAUUUCAGCGGAUGAGUUCAGUGGUAGAUCAACCUCACCUGCCCAAGCCCAAAGUAGCGGGAGACCACUUGAAAAGAAUGAUGAAGUUGCUGAAAUGACUUCAAAGCUAUCCACAGUUCAGCUUGAUAAAGUUUCUGCUAGUCCUGUGAAGCUGCCUCAUCUGUUCAGUCUGACUCCAAAUUCUUCUGGCAAAAGCACUCAAACACCAAAAAGACAUGUUUUGAACACUCAAUCCAGCCAAAUGGAUAGUUUUCCCACAGGAAAAACUAUAAACCCACCCUUCACAAUUGAUCAACCUGAUGGCGUCAUACAAGAUAAUGAUCUCUCUUUUAUUCAAAAUCUCAAACGGGCAGUGCGUGAGGCUGCACUAGCUAAGCCUCUAAACAAAGAGUGGUCACAAGAUAAAAGCAGUGAUGAUGGAUCCGAACACUUCUUCAUGCCCCUCUCAACAGGCGGACUUUCCCAUAAGGAAGCAGCAGAUGCAGUUCCAAAUCGGCGGAAACUCCGGUUGGUCUUUUCAUCACCUGAAAAUCAAGUUAGAAGUGUCACAGACCGCUCUUCAGAUACUUCAAGCCAAAUAACCACUGCAAGGAGUGUAUAUGACUCACAUGGGUUUGAAGAGUAUGAGAACCAACUGACUGGAGUUCAAUCAGCAACUGACUCUGAUUAUGCUACCAUGUUUCAGAGAAAGUUUCCUGACAUUGAUGAUGACCUAGAUAAUGUCUUCUCCCCUCCUUUGCUAAUUGAUUCUUCAUUCUUUUCAGACGCAUACGAGGACUUGCUAGCACCAUUAUCUGAAACUGAUGCUGCUUUGAUGGAGCGUUGACUACAAAUCAAGUGUGACAUUUUGAAUCUAUUUCUUCAUGCUCUCUGAUGCUGUUAAAGAACGCUCAGAAUUGGCAGGCUGCCAUCCACAACAUCAGAGAGUAUUGCAGGCGUUUAUGCUCUUCACAGGAAUCAGCUACAGCACCAGGUUUUUCUUGUAAAGUUCACUUAAGAGAGACCAGAUGGAUUCUUUUGUUGUAAUAAUCCACACAUUUGAAUGUAAUUUCCUACCCAGGUUGUACUGUGUUCCACAUAUUUGUUAAAUUAGUUUUCUAAGCUUCUUUCUGCUUAAUUCCCAUUCAACCUCUGGGUAAUGUCAGUAAAGAGUGGUUUUUUCUAGUA